AUUCACAAUCGGCAAUGACACGAUGACUCGACUCGACUCAAGAUCCAGAUCCGCCAUUGUGGAGGAUGGCCAUCACGAUUGUCAUGGGCUCAUUUCAAUAGCAAGUCCAUGGAAAAGAUGCCCAGCCUUUUCCUUUCCAAUAGAUUUUCAGCACUGAUUGCUGUUAUAUCUGUGGCAAUUCUUCACGAAGGGGUUGCCUUUGUGUCAGCGCCACGGAGGAUACAGAUACCCCAACCUGCCACCAGGCAUUAUUUCUCGUCGGAACCAGACGCAGCCCCAUCGGCACUCGGCCAUGCCGACAUCAAAUGGAAAAUAAAACCAAAAGAAGGAACUCCAUUUGUAGAGUCCAAGAAAUGGCAGGUGGAGGCCAAUUUGAUGCGCAUGGGCUACAAAGAAAAGCAAAAGGAGAUUCCACUAAUCUAUUUCCCGCUCACAUGGGGCCAACUACUCCUGGAAGCAUGGAAGGAUGACAAGCGAAUAGGCAGAUUUGGUAUCACCUGCAACAGUGGACCUUCCGCCCCUCUCAUUGAGGAAACAAUAUCAGAUAUAUAUGGCCCCUCAGCGGUUUCCCAAGACCUUGGAAUUGCCGCAAUAAUCUACAUGUUUUGUGAACCCGAGUAUAGAGGAAGAUCCAUUGGAGUGCUGGCUCUGGAGGUCAUCUCAUUGAUACAUCACACCAUUGGAUGUAACUAUACAUUGUUGGUGGCAGAUGACAAGAGUGAUUCUGGAACUCUUGUCAACUGGUAUGAACGUCAUGGCUAUUCAAGAGCACCCAAGUUGCAGGAGUUCAUGGGCAGCCCUGGCGGGCAGUUCGGGGUUACAAUGAUCGGGCCAACCAAUGAUGGAGUACCAGAAGAUCUCUGCAUUGAGUGGUGGUAGCCAUCACUAAAGAUAUGAUGGGUCAAGACGAACAGUGUACUCGUGGCUACCGUAUGAUCGAUCUCUUUAGUUAAGUAAGCCAUGGCACCGGGAGUUCAGGAACAGUCCAGGGCCACAAUGGACAGAAAAAGAGACGACCAGCAUCGAGUGGCGGCAGCCUUGGUCCGGUACUAGCUAGUGGUACGUAUAUCUUUAGUGAACACGCCAUGAGUGUACCGGUACCGUAGGCAGCCAAGGCCACAAUGGUCAGGAAAACAGGCUUCCACGGCAGUAACGCAACAACUACGUAAUCAGUAACCAACUAUGCAGACUAGAUGUUUUCGAUAUAUCUA